GUUGCCGUCGAGGAAACGUCACCGCUCACCGGAUCCGUCGCCGUUGCCGAGAUCCCGACCGAGUAUUACGAUAUAUUAUAUACAGAUAUACAUACAUACAAUAUUACUCCCUUUUUCAUUUUUUCGUUCAUUAUUAUUGUCCGCCCGUAUAGCUGUAAAAAUCGUAUACAGACGUACCGAGUCGCUCGAGAUUUUUAAUUUGUUUUUUUUUUCGCCGAUCGAUCGAAUAAUAAUUAUUAUUAUAUCCCGCAAACGAGACCGAGGACACGACCCAUACAUCGAAUAAUAUAGUAGUAGGUAAGCAUGAGUGUUUAUUUUAUUUUUUUUUUUUUUCCGCGCUACUAUAACCGCACGCGGUCGUUAAUUAGAUCGGACUGCGGUCGACAAACAGUAUUUUAUCGGUUUAUAGUAUAACUAUAUACAUUAUAUAAACAGUAAGCAUGUCGCGGGGGCACAUAGUCGUUAAAAAGAAAAAAAAAAUGCAUGAAAAAAAGCAUCCGGUACGCGCGUUUCACAAUAUUAUGAUAAUAUUAUUGUACUGGGUUUUUUUUUUUAAAUUUAUAUUCUCUUGGCGCGAACCACGUAUAACUUGUAGAUACCUAAGAUAUGUAUAUAUAAUAUAAAAUUAUAAUAAUAUAAUACCAUAGUAUCCGAGUGGGGCGGGCAGCCGCCGAGGGCGAUUUUAUUUUUAAAUAUUCUCCAAAUCGUAUUUUUCGCGCGCGUUCAUAAUUUCCAUAUCGAUUAAUGUUUGAAUCGAAAUCGAUUAACAGUUAGUUGUAGAUUCCGACCAUGUAGCUGAGUAGCUAUAAUUAUACAGUUUUAUUGUACACUGUAUAAUAUUUAUUAUGUAAAUGAUGUGAGUUUUUAAUUGGUUUUUUGUUCUUCUCGGAAUACAUUUUUAUCCGGCAGGUAUACAUGCCUCCCUCCCGAUAAGUUCACGUGCAGAUACCGUAUAAAAAAAAUGUGGAUUUUUCGCCCGACGACGGUGAGUACUUUAACUCGAACAAUUUUUCGAAAUUCCUAAUACUUUUCCGGAAAAUUUGCUCUCGCCAUAUCGUUUUUUUUUUUUUUUUCAAAGACUUUUCCGUCAAAAUACGAUUUUAUCAUGCCUCGGAAUAUACGGAAUUGUCGACGUGUAGUACAUUAUUUGAAACGUUUAUCAACAUUUUCAACACUUUCCUCUUAGAUUUUUUUGUUUUUACCUUUUCCCCCUCAGGAAAUACUUCGGUUAAAAAAGACUCCAAAUUAUUAUUUACGCAAUAGGUACCUUAAUUUUUCCGCCCGUAGUAGUAAUUUAUUUGAAAAUUUGAUUUUCUCAGGAAUUUUCCCAGCAAUCUUGAAAAACCGGGAAAAAACACGGGACAACCGGGAAAAUCGGUACAACAUUAAACAAAUAUUAUUAAAACAAAUAUAUAAGGCCUAUUUAAUUAUUUUACUAUAAAAUGACAUAUAUAUUUAUUGUUGACAAGGCACCACUGAGUUCAACUGAACUCCGCUCACAGUCGUUUUUCGUAAGAAAUGGUUUAUCGUUGCUUACAGGUAUAUAUACAAUUAUCUAGGGUUCUCAUUAUCCUAGGUAAUCUUUUUUAUUUCCGGAUUAUUUUGGCUUCGAGGAAUAAAAAAAAAAAAUACGACUAUAGUAUACACUCCAUUCAGAAUCGUUUUUUAUUCACAAUGAUUUUUUUUCGCGAGCUGCUAAAAGAGAACAUUGCUACACCAGCAUUUUCCGUCUAUGCACAGUCUUUCUUAUGAAAAAUGUAUUGUAAAAAACAAAAAACCUGUAAGUAUACGUAAAACAAACAGAAACGCGUUUUAAUUCGUUAUGUUAAAUUUGUUUCGUAAUACGCCACUGUUUAAUGAUAAAAUGGAUCAAAAUAUCUUUUUUGGAUCCCAACUUUUCGAAGACAAACUCAUAGGUCAUAUUUUUCACAAUAUUAAUAUUAUAAAAUAUAUUUUCGACCGAAUACAUACAGACUUUAAAAAGCAGGUAAUGUUUUCUUCGGAUAUUUUUGUAAUUUAUAAACAAUUUUAUAAAAGGCGUUUUAUCUCUAAAACUGAUUUUAUAAUGUUUUAAUAGACCAAUACAAUUUUGCUAUAUCACCCGAUUAUCGACGCUACAAACAUAUUAAUUUCGGUGUGCCUCCGGUUGUGUGGCAUCCUCUUAAAUUCGUUAGGUAUACAAAUUUAUGUUGUUUAAGUAACGUAUUUAAUAGAAUUAGUGCAAUGAAUUCCUAUAGCAAAAUACGCAUUUUUUUUUUUUUUAUUAUUUAGCUUAUUUUAUAAGACAUUUGUAAGCUUUUGUUUAUGAAAUUCGAGUUACAUAAUAUAAUUUAGGUAUACUCGUAUAUAAAUAAAUUGAUUUUCGAUUUUUUUUUUUUUUCAAAUUUACAUCUCGUAACAAUCGGCUAUAAGUGUUUAUUUUUAAAACAUUUUAUUACGAAGUACAGAAGUGCAGUAGGGCUCAUUAAACAAGUCCAUGGUCAUAUUGCCGUGUUAUAUUUUUAAAAUAAUCCAUAAGAUAAUAUUACAUUUCAGUUUUUUUUUUUUUUUUUGUAAGUUUUAAGUACAUUUUAUCGGAAUUCAAAUGUGUUUUUGACUUUUUCGGAGGGGGGGUGACGGUAUUUUAUUUUCACAGCUUUCAUUGCUUUAUUACGAUGUGUCUUUUAGUCUGCCGCGAACUUUUCGCACAAAUAAAAAUACGAAAACAAUAUCCGAAUAUAAUUGAAUCAAUUACGUAUUGCGACGUACAUAAUAAUUUAUUAGCACUUAUAUUUUAAUCAUUUGGUAUUAAUCGGCAAAAAAUUAAUAAUUAGUAUAAUUUAUUUUAAUAAUUAUUAUUUUCUCUAUCGAGAUUGAAUAAUGUAUCAUAAUUAUUAUUUGAAUAAAUAAUAUUUACAAGUCUGUCAAUUUUAUACCUACGUCAUUUCGGUUCAAAUACUUUUAUCUUAAUUUGCAAUUAAAUUAUACGCGCACUCAUUAAAAAGUCUAAUUGUAAAAUUGCAUUAAGCAACAAGGUCACUGAAUAAGGGGUUGCGUAUAGGCAACUACAAUGACACAUUUUUUUAAAAUGAAAAUUGUUCAAUUCGAAAAUAUUUUUGAAAUGUUUUCGGGUCCUUGUCAAGAGUAUUUACUGUGUAAAUGUGAAAUUUUUUUCAAAAAAUAUUCACAUAAAACAGAAGAAAAUCAUAAAAGUCCCCUUAGAAAUGUUAGCUAAUCAUUAAAAAAUAAUAAUAAUGAAAAUUAAAGACAAUAAUUUAUUUAGAGGUAUUCAAAAUUGAAAAACAUAGUAAAUUUUUUUUUGAAAAUAACAGUUAUGCAAUCACAUUUAUAUGGUACAGUUGUCGUCUUUAAUAAAUUUUCACCAUAUAGGCUUUUUAUACGAUAAAUCAUACACAUUCUAUAAUAAAAAGUACUUUUCAGUAUAAUGUAUUCAUAUAAAAAAUGUUCAUAUUGACAUGCUGUUUAUAAUAAAAAAUAUUUAGAUAUUUUAGAAUAACAACGAAUGUAUUGGAAUAUAUUAUGUAACGUAUGCUAUAAAUACUGCAGAGCACAACGAGGAAUUUUUUGUUUUUACUAUGAAGUGUGAUCUUUUUUUUUUCUGUAACGUUUGUGUCUGCAGUAUAGUUAGGUACUUCUCUACCAAAAAUCUUGCUCGUAAAAAAAAAAAAACAAAAUAAAAAGGUGUUAAUGUGUUAACAUUUUGAGGAAAAUCGUAAAAAUCAAAGCAUUUCAAAAUAUAUUUAAUUAAAUUUCAAUCAAAAUCGUUUGCCGUUAGCAAUGAUUUAUCGUUGCGUACAAAUAUUAAUUGAAUAACUCCUUUCACAACUUGCCACCGUUAAAGUAUAAGCUACAAUAGAGUUUACUCUUUUAUCAGCAAUAUCAACUCUAUUUCAUAUUAAUAUUAAAUUAUAUGAAAAAAAGUGCUGAUGCUGGGUGUGGGAUUUCCACUUUUGUAGAUAUGAAGUUGAGAAAAUAGAAUAUACUAAGUUAUUUAAUUUAUAUCCGUAAGCAAAGGAUAAACCAUUGCUAAUUAAACAUAAUUGUGAGCAAAGUUUGGUUAUAAAUAUUUUUAAAGAUCGUAAUAUUUUCAAUUUAAGUCAAAACUUGAUAUUAAAGUUAUUAUAAAAAAAAAAUAUUACAUUGAACUCAAUUUUUUGAUAUUUUUUAUCACAGCAUAUAAUAAACUUUCUGUUGAAUUUUCGAGUAUUUUCGUUUAGUCAAAAAAUUUUAUCUACAAGGCACCUAAAAAAAAUCAUGUCAAAAAUCGCAAAAUUAAAAUGUUUAUAAAUAACUUAAAAACUGCUAAAAAUUUUUCAAAAUUUUAACACGUCUAAAAUAAAUCCAAGUUUUGCCCAAAAUAUCAAUCUCUAAGAAUAUUUUUAACUGAAUUACAUAUUAAAAAAAACAAAUUAAAAUAAUAAAACCAUUAUUUUCGUAAAUUUUUCCGUUCUUUCUAGGUUUUUCCUAAAUUAUUAUAAAUACUACUAAAAAAAUAAUAAAAAUACAUUUUUCGUAAACAAUAUCAUACAAUAAAAAUUCUUAAAAAAAUUAAAAUAAAUACAAAUUUCUUCCAAAAAGUCUGUAAUAAAGUGUAACAAAACAGGUCUCUUGUAAUUUUUUUAAUUAGAGUAAGUUUUAUAUCUAGGGGAAAUUUAAAAAAAAAACAAUAAAAUCAUCAUUUUGAAACCAAUAAUGAUGUUUCACUCAGAAUCUAAAAAUGUCGUCUUAUUAAACAUUUAUAAAAUAGAAUGUCAAAUCUAUCAAUUAAAAAAUUAAAAUUUUUAAAUUUAUUAUUUAUAAUUAAUUAAUAAUAUAUUAUAAAUAUAUGUACAUUUUUUUUCAAUAGGCUCGUUUAUUAUGGUGAUAAUUGCGAUAUUAUUAAAAUGUAUUUAUUAUGCAGAAAAUUAAACGCAAGUAUAUCAAGUUAAUAAAUAAUGUAUACAUGUAUAAAUGUUCAACUGUUUUGAUGUAUACGGGAUAUUCUAUUUAAUUUAUACCUGUUUACAUAUUGCUAACAAAAUAGGAUACUGAGCGAUGUUCGGUUAAACACUUAUACAUGUUUUGAGGUGUCGUUAUGUUUACGAUUUUCAUCAAAAUUUGAUCUUAGAACAAUUAUUAAAAAAAAAAAAAAAAGCGCUCAUAAGUUUUUUACCACUACGUACAAUAUAUAACGAACAUCGUUUAAAAUUUUCGAAUAUAUUUGAUAGAUAAAUAAUUUAAACCGCAUAGUACCUACCAUUGAAAAACUGUAAAAAAAACUAGAAAGUAUUAAAACAUAUUUUCAGAAUAUUUUGAAAAUUUUCCCAUUUCCAAUAAAGGUUAAAAUAAAUUUACUGUCAAAAUGUUCAAGUCCCGAAAUACAUUUUUAAUCGAAUUAAAACAAAAUCAAUAAUAGUGUAAUUAAAGACCUCAUUCUUCAUUUAAAAUAAUUUUUUACCUAAUAAAACAAAUUAUAUUAUUAUUAUAUUUUAUAAUAUUUUAUAUUAUAUUAUAUUAUAUUAUAUUAUAUUUUAAAAUAAUUCUCAAAUAUUUAUCUUAAUUAAAUCAGAAUUUCACUAAAUUAUCAAUAUUUUCAAAUAGUAGAGAAUGUCGUUCAUCUGUCUGCAGGAAUAUUUUUGCAAAAAAUUUCGUUUACAUCUAUUAGCACUUACGGUGCAUAUUUAAAAUAAACUAUUUCACUAACAUUAAAAUCUCCUGAUUCGUCUAUUCCGUUAUUUUCAUCAAUGUCAUUUGAAAUAUUUGUAAUUUUAUAUAAUUUUAUUAAUUAUUAUGUUUAUUUUUAGAUUCUAAGUGGAACGAGGAAUGUAUUAGUUUUACUAAGGUGUUGUUUUUUUUUCUUUGUUCUUUGUUCUAGUGUGUGGACACGUUUUUUCCUAAAAAUCUUGUUCCGAUUUUUACGUGUAGCAACUUUUCUGAAAUCUUAAGUUGUCUAAAUUUUACUUUAAACUUCAUUUUUUGAUUUUCGACUCCAUUUUUUAAAUAAAAGUCACUUAGGUGGGAUAAAACGUAGAGAAACGUACAAUUUCUCGAUUUCAUUAUUUUAUAAAAACACGGACGACGUUUUCUACCAAAAAAAAAAUGAUUUAAUAGAAAAAUCACAAGAUACCUUUUUAGUUGUCUUUACGAUUUACUUUCUAAUGGUAUCAUGACCAAAACUUUUGAGCCACUUUGAGAUUUUAAGGAAUUUUAAUUUUUUAGAAUUUUUUUUUCUGUAAUUCGGUUAUAAAUACACGUAGGAACUUGAAUCUUUUUAUACUGUGGACCUCUUUUAUCUUAAAAAACUUGAUCGGAUGUAUAAAUGUGGCACUUUUUUUGGAAAUAAAUUUCAUCUACUUGGUAAAUACAUUGGUCAUUUUUCAAUUUUCGAAAUUAUUUUUAAAAUAAAAAUAACUAUUCAGAAAAAAAUAUACGAUUUUUCACGAUUCCGUUAUUUUAAAUAUGUACCUAUCACAUUUUUUAGCAUAAUUAUAGCUUCCAAUUGAGAAUCCACAAGAGACCUUUUUUGUUUAAUUAUUAAUCUUGUGCUGACAAUGUGAUUCGUUUUUUUGAUUUCCGAAUUAUUUUUCAUAUUAAUCGAGAAAAACCGUAGAAAAGUUAGGUUAAAAAAAAUUACCGCACUUCAAAUUAUGUAUUACCAAAUUGCGCUUAAAAUGAUCUUUCGUCAGCAAUGGUUUAUCGUUGCUUACGGAUAUAAAUGAAAUAACUUUAUGUAUCCCACCUUCCUCGCUACCCCCCUACAACUGUGGCAUCAUUCCCAGUACCAGCUCUUUUUUUUUUUUUUUGUAAAUUUGUAUGUUUUACAACUUCUGAUUUUAGGGAAAAUAUUUACCGAAGUUCUUGAUUUUCGAUUGAAUAUUAUCAAAUUAAUUAAAAACUUAAAAUAUGUUCUUAGUAUCUACUCGUACAAUAUUAUGCCCUUCAAAACGAAAAAUAUCAAAAUAUGCAAAAUUAUGUUCAAAAAACGUUAAGCAUUUUAUCAUAUUCAGAGCGAAGCGAGGAAUUUAUUGGUUUUACGAUAAGUGUUUUUUUUUUUUUUGUCUGUAAACUACUACUACUUUUCUACCAGAAAUAUUGCUCCAACAGAAAAAAAACAAGAGACUUUUUUUUCUAGUGUAGUUGAUAUGCCGAUUAUUGAAUGAUUACUGACGAACCAAUGUCAGCCUGUGGUUUUAUCGAAUUUAAAUGUAAGAUUACAAACAGGAGUCCUGAAUAUAUCAAAAAAUAAAUAGUUAUUGGUCUCGAAUGUUCGAAACCAGAGAUAUUCGAAAAUCUAAAAUUAAAUACCUUAAAUUAUAAAAUACAAAAUGUAUACAAUUUAGAACUGUAAAAUUAUUAAAAAUAAAUAUAGCAGAAUAUACAUAAUUUACAUAUUAUGUACUUAACCAAAAAUAUAAAAUUCCAAAAUUUAACUAAAAUAUGGGUUGGACUUUGCAGUAGAACUAAGGCGGAAAAUUGGUUCAUCAAGUUCGUAAUUAGUAAAGUGGAAAGAAAAUAAAAGAAUUUUGUAAAGUUUUCAAGCAAAUUAAGUUUUUAAUUUGAUUUUUCAAAUUUUAUAAGAAAAUUCCUGAGAAAAUUGAAAAAUAACCUCUUUAAAGUACAAUUAUAAAACAUAUAAUUUCAAACGAAAUAUCAAAAAUUGAUUUAACCCUAACUUCCCGAGAUCAAUGAAAGAUUUAAUGCCAUAAUCAUAUACGAGAACAAACUAUACGCCAGUCGUGACAAUAUAUAAAUAAUUUAUAAUUUUCUAUAAAUAACAUUAAUCACGUGUUUCUCAAUAUAGCCAGUGGUUAAAGUAAGAGGAUGAAAUUUUAGUUCUUGUUUAAGGUUUAAUUAUCAGUCCUCUUCUGUUUAACAUAAUUUUUGUUGUUGCCUGAAGUUGAAGAAUUAGCCUGUGUUAUCAGUUAGGAUAAUACAGUUGCCUAUGGUGUGCCACAUAGAAGUUUCUUCAUUGUACCCCUUUUCUUGUUCCGAAAAAGAUCUCAUAUAAGCGAACCAAAGGCCAUUGACGUAGCUCAGUACUGGGUGAAGACUAUGUGUUUUUAUAGCCAAUACCGAUGAAACUACCAGAGUGUGCCGUAAUUUAUAUUAGUUAUAUUUACUUAUACUAUUUAUACUAAUAGAAUUUAUUGUUAGUUAUAGUUUAUUCUGUUUUAAAAAGUUGCUUGACAUAAGAAGAAAUCAGUCCUCUUUAAUUUAAGUUUAUGAAGUCCCAGGGGAAUGUUUUAGUUAUUAUCGCUGAGACAUUUUUAAAAAAUUGAAUUAAAUAUUAAAAAUACAUUAAUUAAUACCUAUAUUAGAUUGUACGUACUGCGUAUAAUAAUAUUUGAAGGGGGGGGUCUGAAGUUUAUACUUAAACCCUAUAGGUAUAAUAUUUUUAUAAACAAAUGUGUGUAAAAGAGAAAAACAUUUGAAAAGUCUUGUAUUCAUGAUGAGUUUCUUAAAAAUGUAAUUAGGUUUAGUUAGUUCUUGGGAAUGUCCCUCAAUUUUCAAUACCUAAAUAUAGUUCCUCUUCAAAAUUCUUCCCACUUUAACUACUGUAUAUAGUUUUGUACUAAAACGGAUCACUUUUCCUUAUAAUGGUAUUUUAUAUUUUAAUUAGCUGACUGUAAAAAUAUCAUGGUUUUCUUUUACACUCUAACUUGCGUUUCACCUUGACCUAUAUGCAGCAGUUACAUAUAAAUACCCCAAAACAUUAAUCGUUUUAAUUUGGUAAAGACUAUAGAAACUACCAUCUAUAUACUAUACUACCUACUUCUGCAGUGGUCCAUUGACUUAUAUAAUACCUAUAUAUUAUCAUAAUGUAAAUAAUUUACAUUUUAAUUUCUACGAUAUAAUCUUCGAAAGAAUGUGUGGUUCGUCGUUUUUUUUUUUUCAUACCAGACUAUAUCGUAUAGUCACAUUAAAUUUAAAACUUUCUCCAGAUAAAAAAAAAAAGAAACAAAGCAAUGGGUAUGAGGAAUUUUGAAAUAUGAAACGAUUUAUGUUUUUUUUUUUUUUUUUUAUUGGUACUCUCAUAUGGAAUAUUUAUAAUUACAUCUAUACUACUUUGCUGGUUGAUAGGUACGUCGUUUUUUCUAAUCCUGUUUAAUGCGGUGAAAAAAAAAAGAGUAUAGACCUAUAAAUUAAUAGACGUAAACGUUCGUAAAUAUCUUUACAUUUUAUUGUGUUCGUCCGUUUUGACCUUGAAUAAUUUCGGAUACCUAACCGGAUAACGGUAAAACUACUAUUUCCUUUUAAAACAAGUUUUAUGUAACUUAUAUAACUUUUUUUCAGUUAUAAAAUACAUCUUAUAUGUCUUGACACCCGCUGCAGUAAAGGGGAUGAGGUGAGGGAAAUAGAUGAUUAUUUAAAAUACAUUGUUCUAACGUAGAAACUCGGAGUAAUAUGGACAUAAACUAUAUUUAUAAUGUAUAAUAUUAAAAAAAACAAAAAACAACGAAUUAAUGAAUGAAUAAACAUUGUACAUUCACACAAAUCUAGAUCUUAAAAAUUGAUUAUCUUUUUAGUUUUAAUUAUGAAUUUUCGCUACUAAAUUCCGGGCUGAGUCAGUAUGGAGUGACCAGAAACCGGGUCAAAACAUAUGCGUAUGCAACUUACUUUCAAAAACGAUAUUUUAUCCGAGUUGCAUCCCUAAUAAUAAUUAAAAACCACUUAUUAUUUUUCUUCCCGCCUUAUACAGACUAAGGACUUUCGUUCAUAAAAACGGUGUGCCCCUUAGUACAGAUUGUAAAUAUUCAUUUAAAUAAACAAUUGAAAUGAAUAUUGAAAAUGAAAAUUUUACUGUAUCAGAAAUUUAACAAAAAAAAUGGAGUGAACACGUUAAUGAAUCACCCUGUAUAUAUAUAUAUAUAUAUUUGUAUGUAUUUUUAAGUUAUGUUUUAGGCCACAUUUCGAUAUUUUAAAACAUGAAUGGCAUUUUUCAUAAAGCAUAUAUUCUGUAGUACUAUAGGGUAAUAAUCUCUUGAUUUUCUUUGAUUUCAGCAAAACCAAUUGUCGGCAUUUUUCUGUAUAAGAAUAAGAAAUUAGUAUAAGAAUUUUUUGUAACUUCUAGGAAUGGCAAAUUUAUCGAGAGCAUGUUUGUUGUUGGCGGUCGCGUUACAUGCCACAUCUCCUGGGAACAGUAUCGUUACGGCGAAAGACGAUAUCUACGACAGCGAGUUAUCUAUGCAGAACAACACGCCUCACUCCCGGCAGAAACGCUUACUGUGGAUCACGUCGGACGGCCGUCUGGCUUUGCCACCCGGUACCACCUUGACUAUUAUGCCGACGUUAUCAUUUCCGUUCGUCAGGAACCCACCGGCAGGCUUCAAGUCAAUGAUGGGUAUUGAUUUUCCGUUUACAAGUAAGUGAAUUCCUAUACGAUGACGUUUUUUUUUAUGUACUCCUUACAAAAAUUGCCUACCUACUACCAGUCACGGCUGGUGAAUAAUAAUGAACAUUAUUAUGAAUGUCAAGGCAAAUAUAUUGAAAAUCAGUGGUAGUGGAUGUUAAUAUUUAAAAUGAUGAAACAAUAGUAUACAGAGUUUAACAGGACUAUCAAAAAUAUAAAACGGAGGAUGCUUUUAUCAGUGGCAGCGUAUAGUUUUUUCUUUUUAGAAAACAGUUUCAAUAAAAUAGCAAAAAACCCUCAUAACCCAAGCCCCAAAAAUUCCGGAGCUGUAACUAGGUCUACUAAAUAUUCCUGUAUUCACGCUAUUAGUGGCUGUUGUCAUUUAAUUAUUAUUUGUUGACUUUAGGAUUCAGUUAUCUGCAGUAUAAUUAUUUUUAAAAUAUACAAAUAAAUAUACAAAUAUUUAGCAAACAUAUUCUCUGAAACCGAUCAAUACACUAUAUUUGACACGGAAUUCAUUUUGUGUACUUACAUACGCAUACAAAAAAAAGGUUUUGUUUUUAAUACCCGCAAUUUCGAUAUGUAUAUCAUGAAGUUAUACGGUUUACAGUAUACAUUAUACAGUGUACUGAAACUGUCAAAUGCAUAAUAAUGAAACAAUUUUUGAACUUCGUAUAAAUUGUACAUAAAAAUCAAUCUAGAUUUUUUCAAAUUUCAGUCCAUAAAUUUGAUUCAAAAUUCUAUAAAAAUAACUAAUAUUAUACAUUGAAAAAAAUGACAAAAUCUAAAGUAGGAACGAUUUGAAAAAAUCUGUUGAAAUUGCCAUAUUGUAUGUAAUAUAACACGUUGAACAAUGAAAAACAAAAUAUCGAUAUUCAAUCCCUUUAAUUGUUAGUUGUUUUAGUUAUAUUUGACGAUAAUCUAUACAAUAUCUAAAUAUACGGUAAAUAAUAUUACAACGCUUAUAAUAAUUGAUCAAAAAACUACAUGGAUACAAACAAGAGGAUUAAUGCUAUUAAAAAACUGACGGAAUUGUUAAAAGUGUGUAGCCAAAACAUCACUGAAGAAGAUGUUAAAAAAAAAAUUAAUAUUCUACGCACAACUUUCAAGCUUGAAAAGAGUGUAUGUGAGGACUUAAUAAUGAUAAUAAAUCUUCUAAUGUUUUAUGGUCCAUGCGCAGGAAAUUUGCGUAGUCAUUUGGUUCUGUGCGCAAUAUUUCCCGUAACAAAUUUUCGUGCGUAUAUUUAUCCCGUAAUUUCAAGUCUCUAGACCAUUGCUGACCUUUUUUCUUUUUCAUCAUACAUAGUGCCAAUGCCAAAAACGCAUUAUCUAUAUUACUACUCAUUGUUUAAAUUUAAAAAAAUUUGUUAAAUUAAAUAAAUAUUAUAUAACGACACUACGCGGCAAGGAAAAACUCGAAACUACGGGAGCUGACAAAUUUAUUUAAUAUUUAGUUUGAUCGUUUAUGCCAUUGUUUGAUAAUUACCUAUUAAAUAGGUACAUCAACAUUUGAAAUUAUUUUGAAGAAGUAAUUUCAGAAUUAUUCUUCAAGGACCUCAAGGCCCCGUGAGCUCUAGGGCCCCGGGGAACUGUCCCAGUUUGCCCUAUAAUAGAUACGCCACUGUAUCUACUUACCUUGUAUAAAUAUCAACUCAAAAUUUUAUCUCAUAAUAAUUGAUAACUCCGUGAUUAUCCGUGUUAUAUAAAUAUAACAAGUUUUAUGAAUGUGCACGCAUUCCGUGGUGUAGUAAAUGAUAUUUGAUUUGAUUAUAGACAAUCACCACCUUAAAUAAUCAGUUCACCGACCCGUGAAGUUAUACUAUGAUUUAACUAAUUUGACUCAUAAUCCCUUAAUAAUUAAUAUCACAAUGUUAUAACUUAUAAUACAAAGAUACAAUAAAAAACUUUAAUUCGAUUAUUUAGUACCUACACAUUAUUAAUUCUAUGAAAUUCAUUAACAAGAAAUCACAUUUUUAAGUUUAGGUAAGGGGAGAGUAGUGGAGUAUGAUUUGUAUGGCAGCAUGGCGUGUAGCGUUUUAUUGGUGUUCCAAAAGAAUUCUUCCCCCUACCUAAAUUAAAAGUGUAAUAUCUCGUCAAUGAAUUGAUGGAAAUUAAACAUUUUAGUACCAACAUAUAUUUAAAGUACUACUCCGUCUAUUUAUGGAACUAUUAAUACCUACAGGUUCUGAUUUGAAAAACCAAUGUUGGUAUCACUAUAGGAUACUCCUUAAAUGUAGUGGGAAAUCUAAGUAUUCGAAAAUAUUGGCUUUAACUACACUUAAAAAUUCCAAAAAUCAGAAUUUAAAUAUAAUAUGCAUAAUUUAACCAAAAAAUGGGGUGUAGACACUUAGUGAAUCACUCUGUAUAUCUUCUUCGCCUUCGCUUUCAUCCCAAAUAUUUGGAGUCGUCCAAUAUUAUUAGACUAUUAUGAAAAUAAUAUUAUAAUCAUGUGUUUCGUAUAUAUUAUAAUAUGUAUCAAUACAUUUUCAUUACAGUUCAAUUCGACCAACUGGGAUUAACUGACAAUCAGAAUCCAUUCGGCGCUUUUCCGCCGUUAUUCGCAAGGAGCUUGGGCGGUACCAUGGGCUCAAUGCUCACCGACUAUUUAGCUGAUUAUAUGGGCAACCGGAGAUCGAUUAGAUCAACUAGAUCAGUACCGACUUUACCCAAACCAAUACACUCUUACUUUAAUGGCGGUGAAAGGUAAUUCAUAUUAUACUUGUAUACAUACAAAUGCUAUUUAUUAUAAUCUAAUAUGUAAAUAUAAAAUAUUCUUAAGUUGCCUGAACGUGUUUUUUUUUUUUUUAAAUUAUUGACAUUUAUCUUUAAAGUGUCCAAUGUCCAAAGUUAGCCGAGUUAGUUUUCUUUUUUAUUGAGAAUUAUUACCAAAAAAUACUAUAAUACAAAAUACAUUUAAUUUUUGUACUAAUCUGUUUUUUUCGCUCAAAACAUUAUUUACAUGGUUAACUUUCUGGCCUUUUAGAAACGUCCGAUUUUAAUAUAUUUUUUUUUUAUUCCUUUGAAACAUUGUGUUAUUAUAGUGAAACCACCUAAAUUUGUUUCUUUUUUAUAUGUAAUAUAAGUGCUAAAUUUAAAUUUUUCCCAAGAAAAUUUUCAAAAACAAUGUGCCUCAAAGGAUGAAGAGGAUAACUUCCUACAGGGCACAUUGGACUUUUAUUUUGAUUAUGUAACGAAAAACUACAAAAAAAAAAAAAAAUAAUAUUCAAAAUAAUAGUAAUAAUUUGGUCAUUUACAGUCAAUGAUUAUAGUGUUUGGAAAUUUAAUUUUUAAAAUCAAUGUCUAAUGCACAAUAAAAAAUCUUCAUCUUUCAAAAAAAAUUAUAAAUAAAAUCGCGUGAAAACAAAAACUGUCAGCAUAUUUGCUGUCAUUAUGCUAUUGUAGCAUUUGCGGUCACUCUGUUUUAGAUUUGGAGCGGCGAAAUUACCGUUUUUAUAAUCUUUACACGAUGUUUUUUACCAGAAAUAUUAUUCUGAUUAAAAAAUGACAAGAGAUAAUUUUAAUAAUUCGCUACAGAUGGAGAAAAUUAUUUUUUGGUAUGUUAAGUAUAUUUCAUUAUAAUUGGAAAAAACCAAAAAAAGAAGAAACAUUUGAUUUUUUAAAAUUAUGACAUAAUGAUUUUAUUAUUUUAAAUACUGGAUUCUGAUUGUAGCGUGUAGAAUGUAUCUAUUGGAUUCACAAUGAUAUAUUUUUUUUUACAAGGCCUUCUUUUUUUCUGUGAACAAUUUUCCUAAAAGGAAAUUUCACUCAGGAGUGCUUUAAAGAGGUCAUUUUUCGAUUUUCUCAGCAAAUGUGAAUACCGAGAUAAAACACGGGAAAAUUGGGAAAAACGUAGGAAACUUGGGAAAAUUGGUACAAUAUUAAACAAAUAUUAUUAAAGAAAAUAUAAUCCUAUUAUCCUAGGACAUCUUUUCCAAGUUUAACACUGGCAAUAGGUAAAAAUGUGAUAUUUACUAUCAUGUUAAAAAGUUUUUUUAGAAUAUUUAUUUAAAAAAAAUGAUUAUAUUACCUACUAUAGUAAUUAAUUUCCAUACAUUUUGUCUUAAUUUUGUUAAAAUAUGUUAGUUAUUAUUUUAAAGUUUAUUUUAAGCAAUCUUUUUGAUAAAAGAAUUUUUAGAAAUUAUUUUGAGUUCUCUGUCCUCUUCGUAUGAUUUUAAUAUUUAUCAUUUCUAUUUUUAAUAUCCAUUUAAUAUUUUUUUCGUUUUAUUGCUUUCAUGUUCAACAAAUGUCAAUCAUACAAUAAGUCUUUAUGCUCAGCUGGUGGAGAACGCAGGCAAAUAUUUUGGGGGUUUUUGAAAAAGUAUUACUGUAUUACUUUUUUAUUUUAGGUCCUUAUAGUAUUUAUACACACAUAUCAAUUAAUUAUUACAAUUUGUCAAUAAAAAAAAAAAAUCGUGUUUUUUAAUAUUAAUAUCAUCGUCAUGUAAAUUUAUUAUUUCAUAUUUGAGGAAAUCUUAUUAUACUGUGUGGGUAUAUUAUAAUAACAGAAUUCAAAACUAAAUAAAUCAUUUUAUAGAUAGUUAACAAUAACUCACAUUACGAUUUGUACCAGAUUGUGACAUUUCGAAUUGUUUUCUUUUAGUUGAUGGACUGUCUACGGACAAUUUGUCUGAAUCCCACAUCAAUCGGAACCUAGAUGAUAUUUUUAUUUUGUGAUUUAAAAAACUUUACAAUUAAACUCAUUUUGAAUUUUUGUAUUUGCAUUUAAUAUUACGCCAUCAUAACAAUACGUCAAUCAAAAUUAGUGAAUAGUGGUACAACAAGAUAUGUCGGUGUAUUCGUUAGCGGUGUAGACGUGUAGUUUAUAUUGUACAAUGAAAUUUCUAGAAUUAUCUAUAUUCUAGAUAGUACUGGUCAUUGGAAAUUUUCCGUUAUAUAUUGGUGGCGACGAUAAUUUAUUACACUCGUCUACAUUACGUACAUCAUCGAAUCACCAUAGCGGUGACCGGUGUCAAUCAGUAAUUUAUAAUAUAUCCUUAUCAUUAUACUGUACGAUGCAGUAUAAUGAUAAUUUUAUUGUAUACGCUAAUUUACAAACCCCGGAAAACUUUUAAAAAACUAAUAAUUACUAAUAAUUAUUAUAUUAUUUUAUUAUAUUAUAUUAUUAUUGUUAAUAAAUAACUAAUCAUUUUUUUAAAUUUAUUUAUUAGUAUUUGUAAGUCAGGUAAUUUAUUUUUUGUUUCUGAUAUUUCGAAAGGGGGGAUGUUUAAAACCCAAUUCUCCCCCGCGUUCGCUCCUGUGCUCAGUUUCUAAUUUAAAACGUUUGUAGAGAGAUAAACCAAUAUUCUUAUUACUAAUAAGAUGAAUGACAAUAUUGUUAAACCAGUUCGCUGGUAUAAAAAAAAAUGAGUAACACCGCAAGUGCCACUAAAAAAGGUAUUUACCGCAGAUGUGCAAACCGCAUUUUUGCCGAAAUCAAAUUAACUCUGAAUAAUAUAUUUUUGUGGAAUAAAAGGUCAUGCAUUGUCUUACAGUGUAUUACAGAAAUAAAUUAAAAUUUCUCAUUUUACGCGCGUAACUGUCUAUAAAUUAACUAUAACUAAGGCCUGAAAGUUCAUGCAUUUGCAUAUUUUUACUAAGUACAACAAAAAAUGGCAAGAUAAUCUACUAUAAUCUAGUAUGAUGCUAUAAUCAAUUAAUGAGUUCAAAAAUGACAUUUAAUUUCGCGUAUUUCAUGGAUUUUUACAAAUAUAUGGAUAUUUUAAAGAAAAAUUAUUUAUUUGACUGCAUAAAUAUAAUUUAUUUUAAUUUUCCAGCAAUAAAUAAUAUGUCGUAAAAAUGUAGUAGAUUCAUUUGGUAUCAUAAAAUGUUUAUUUGAUGAAAAAUAUGUCUGCAUGAAAAUGAAUAGUCAAUCAAUUUCUUAUCAGCCAUUACAUGUUUAUUAAGAAACUCGAGAAACAGCCCAAAUUGACAAAAAAUUACAAAAAUAAAUUGAAAACAAUUUUAUUUCAAUAAUGUACAAUAAAUAUGAACAGGCGAGAAAAACGAGGUAUUUAAGACAUUUUCUAAAAAUUCCAAAAAUCAUGUCACGAGAAGAAACAGCAAUUAACAGUCUUCCAGAAUUAUCCAAUUAGUGAUUUCACAUAUUUCAAGUAUACGUCUAUUUCAUCAGUGACGAACAUUUAUCAUGGCGUGCUUCAAUCUAUUUCAUUAGAACCGAGCUUUUCUAUUUAUAUAAAUAUAAUGGCUGAUAACCGCUUUUCGUUUUUAUUUAAAAAAAAAAUUGUAUAAUUGAAAUUAUAAUAACCCCUAGUUUUAAACUACAAUUCUUAAAGUAAAUAAUAAAAUGAAACAUAUUUCGUCUUGAUUAAAUUGAGUAUAUUACGUUAAAUUAAAAAAAAUAAAUGCAUAUUUUGAUAGUUUAGUUUUUGUUAGUGCAUGACCGUUCAGGCCAUAGCUAUAAUAAACAUUGUGAAUUAGAAAAGAAGAUAUAGAGAUAUUGUUUUAUUUAUUCAAAAUUGUAUCGCUUCACUGUCAUUAUUUAACAAAAAUGUAACCUAUUAAUAUGGUAAAAGAUAAAACUAUUUUUUUUUUUUAUAAUUUCAAUAUUAUGAUUUACAUUAACAACUAAUUUUUUUUUGUUUUAAAAACGUUUUAUAUUUUUCUUUGUAUACAAGUCCUACAAGGUCUCAAUUGGCAUCAGAUCUAAGAAAAAGGAAGGUAAUCCAGAAAAUUCUCCUUGAUGCUAGUCAUAUUAGGGAGCGCAAAUUGUACGUAUAAUAUGCAUGGAAAAAAAUAAUUAGUGACUUAUAGGGUCACCAAUAUUUCUUCGGAUGUUUUUACCUUUAUUUGUAGAUCUGACAAUUGUCUUCCCAACUCCUAAUAAAUUGAUAUUUUGCUAGUUACUCAUAAUGUGGAUCAUUCGAUAAUUAAUAAGUAAAUAAACAAACAUUUGUUGAAAAGAGCAUUAUCGUAUAUAAUAUAAUAUAUUUAUAUUAUUUAUAAUAAAUAACCAAAUUGUCACUGUUGGUAGAUAAUUCGAAAUGUUUGAUCAAAUACAUACGAUUUUGAUCAAGUGGUUUUGAAAGUUAUUGUCUUUACAAUCGGAUGAUGUUUUUUUUCUGCUUUUGUUGAAAAUAAAAUGCACGGUUAAUGAAUUUUAUGGGAUUACCAGCUAUCUUUAAACCACCAAGAGAUUUCCUGGUGGUUCAUCGGGUAUAGAAAAAAUAAUAUUGUAUUAUAACUUAUGUUUAUAUCUUCAAUUUAUACCUACCAUCAUAACCUUACUUGACCUAGCUUGACCACAACGAGUUUUUUUUCAGAGCUUUGUUGUACACCAUCAUCGAAGACAUGUUGGCGAAUUUCGGUAUGGAUGGAAAAGCGUGUCUGCUUCGAGCUAUUUGUGAAGUUCACAGCCACACAGCUUUAGAUAAAUUUGGUUUCCUCGGCGAGUUUUUGGAAUUGUUCCUAACGUAAGUACUAUAAUGUACAACUAUCAACUUCAAAUUUUUCAACAUAGUAACAAUCAUAUCGUUUUCAUUUUACGUUUUUUUUUUCGGGUUUUUCCUUAUUAUUUAUAAAACUACUAUGAAAAACAAAAACGAAUAGCUUGCUCAUGAAUUGCAUUAAAAAUGAAUCAAAAGAGGUCUCUAGUUAUUUUUCGAUUGAAGUAAUGUUUCUGGUAGAAAACAUCGUGUUAACAUAAUAAAAACAAUGAAGCCAAUAAUGCCGCAGCACGCCGUAAAUAUUUGCUAUUUUACCUAUACUUUUCUUUCGGGUUUUCCCAAUUAUUUUGAAAACCCAUUGGCGUAUCGAAAAAAAAUUUUUCCAAUGUACCGAAGAAAGAAAAUUACAUUUCAGUAAAGGUGCUGUAGUUACUUACUGCAUAUACAUCAGAGCUUAUUUUCGAAAAGUUGUUCACAGAAAGAAUACAAAAAUAAUAGAAAAAAAAAGAACACAUAGUAAAACCAAUAUUUUACAAAAAACAAAACAAAAUAACUCAACUUAAAUUAAUGUUUUUUUAAAUUACCUUAAUCUUAAAUUAGUUUCUUCAUAAAAUAAUAUAUUUUUAACGUGUCAAUCAGUAAAUCAUUUUUCGAUUCAUCUAACUUCAUUAAUUAUGUUUCUAAUUUUAUUGACGCGAGUUUAAUUAUAGGCACAAUACCUGCUUGAUUUAUUAUAAGUUGAAACAUUUUAAAUAUUAUUAAAUUGCAUUCGCAUGAUACAUCAAAUUGUUCCAAUUUAUAUUUUCUUAAGUAAAAUAAUAUCAUAAACGCCCGUCAGGAGGGAAGGACAAAAAAACAACACCUCCCUAAAUUUUAACAGAAUAUAGAAAAUAUCAUAGAUAACUACUAUUUAUAUUCAAAAUGUUAAAAUGCUAAUAAUGGUUUAUAUUUUAUGUUAAGUACUGUUAAAAAUGAUUUAUAGUUAUUAUUUAAUUAAAACAAAAAUAAUUCCUUUUUAGAAAUUGGAGUUUACCUUUCCCCCUAAAUUUGUGCUGUGAGUGCUAUUUUUAUCUAACUCAUAUAAUCACAGAAGUUUUUUUUUCCAGGGCCAGCAGAUCUAAAUACGCUGAUUUAAUGGAUGAAUACGUUACUGCUGAAACCACGGGCAAACAUAAAGAAUGUUUUCCGUACUUUAAGGAAUGUCCUAAAUCAUUGUUUUUGAACAACCACAACUAUUCGUUAGUAUACAUUUAUUGAACUAAUACAAAUUUCCAAAAGCUUAUGCUUAAAGCCUAUUUCCACAAAGAACGUAGCCUCGUAGGACAUUAUUUUAAUGCUAAAACAAUUUUUAUGAUUGAAGAUGUCAUACCAAUCUAAAUGAAACAUUUUUGAAAUUGUUAAAAAUUAUAUUUAUUUGUAAAGUAUAAUUCUAUAUAAUUAAUAAUAUAACUAGUAAACAUUUUAAAAGGAUUAAUAUUUAAAUAAAACUUAACUGGUAAUCUUCAAAUUUACUCUGCAGGAAAAAUUCUGCUAAUUGAAAGAACUUUAUACUUCCUAAGGGGGCAUAUAAGGUGAAAAUUAUAAUAAAAAAAAUGAUAACGUAGACGGGUAUGCAAUUCUUGUAGGUGAAAAGUUGGGAAGGUGGGAUGAAAGUUAUAAAGUGGAUAAAAUUAUAACUGUAACAAAAAACGAUUUGGAGCAAAAUUUGGUUAAAAAUGUUUUGAAGAACCUUAAUAUUUACGAUUUUCGACAAAAUUUAAAAUUAAAACUCUUCUAAUACAAAAAUACUACAUUACACAUGGCCAUGAAGAUGGCCCAUCCGUUUUCUCUCAAAUAAAUCUAACCCAUAUUAUCAUUUAGCAAUUAAUUAUCAAGUUAGGUUUAAAAAAUUUGCAAGUCAUUAUUUUCAUGUACGAAAAAAUUCAAAAAGGUGAACUAACUUUUCAAAACCCACCUUUUUUUUACCAACGCGUUUGAAACUGAUAUCGUUCAAUUCAUUAUGAUUAGCAAGCAUUUGCAAGUUGACCCCCUACCUAAGCAAAUUUUUCAAGUUUGGAAGGACAGUCAACCUAAUUUCUCCCCCUCUUUUUGAACUAAUAAAAAAUAAUACAUCUAUAUUUUUUUGUAAUCUUAGGUAUUUGGAUUGAAUUUAUAAUAACAAUUAAAAAUGCUACCGCCAAUUCUGCCAAAAUAUUUUCUUUACAAAUAAAAAUGUUCCUGAUGUGUAUAAGUAUAAAUAAAUGAAAACACUUUGUCAAACUUCGUAAAAAUUUAAAACAAAUUUAAGUUUUAAUUUUUGGUUUUUUAUAAUUAUAUGAAAACUUUUUGGCAAACCAAAAAAUACCUUUCUUCAUAAAGAACAAGAUUCAAAAUGCAAAAAAAAUAUCUCUUUCCGUUUUUCUAUUGGAUCAUAUUCCUAUUAGAAUACAUCGUUUACAAAAAUGUAAAGAUUAGGUUAGAUUGAAGAACCCACAUAAAAUAAUCUAAUCCAUUAUUAUGAAAACGUAGUGCCAUAAAUAGUUGUCCGUUUUUUUUUUUUUAUUAUCUUAUAAUUAGUAACUAUGGCAGCUCAUCAAUUAUUUAUGAGAAUAUGAUAAUUAUUUAUAAAAUAAAACUAAACAAAUUUUUUUCGAAAAAAUAUGGUCCGUGGAUUAUAUGUUUAAUAGUUUUUUGGGUUUUAACAUGCGUCCCAUACUUAAAACACGAAAUUACUAGUUAUAAGUAUUAAUAAUGUACUCCUGCAUUAAUAUGUUUAUAUCUACAGUCCACGUUUGAUAUUAAUAUUCGAAUAGGCCAGACGAGCGUUCGCAUAUCGCUCUCAUUAAAAACUCCCCCCAUCUCCAAAAAAAAAAAGCAUUAAGAAACAUGUACACUUAAAAAUUAUUCAACUUGCGAUUUUCGUUGGGUUACAGGAAUAAUGCACCCAAAGAUGAAUCUAUGGUGCCCAUGAAUGACAGCAACGUUAAAGACAAUAAUAACGAAAUCGACAGCCACGAUCAGUCAAGGUUGUCGGCAGACGGAAACGAAUUUAAACCGAUGGCUAUGUAGUACCCAAAAUUACAACUCCGGCCGAGCGUAAUGAUCGUUAAAAAUUCUCCGUCAGUGUUUAGUUUUACAAAUCUUGUCUACUUUUUUUUUUUUGGCAAUAAGUUGCAUUAUCUAUUAUACAAAUCCCGUGUUUUUCUUCUCCAUAUACUUACGAAACUUUGCAACGCUAUAGGUAACUACUCUGCUGUAUUGUUAAAUUACCAACAUAAAUUUCUCCACGUUGAAGGAUAUAGGAUAUCAUUAUAGCUUUUAUACUACGUUUUAUUAAUCAUUACACACACUUUUAAUUAAUUAUUCAAAAUUCGGAGAUUCUGAAAAUGACAAUACCUCUGUCGGGCACUCAUCAUUUAUAAGUUAUAUUAAU